CUUGCAACUUACAGCCAAAUGAAGUUUUUAAUUACCCAAAAAAGUACUUUCUCACUUCUACUGUUACUUAAUUUCUAUGCUUCGAUAAUUACACGUUGGGUGAUGCAAUUGUUACAAUUAUAAAAUGUGUGUUAUUCUUCAGCACAGAUGAAGGAGGGUGUCGCGUUACAUUUUGCUGCGUCGAUGUUGUCUGGAUUCCUCACUACCUUCAAUUCGAUGCCUUUUGACGUGACGAAGACAAGGAUACAAAACUUGAAAAGCACAGGCAAACCGCCUGGGAUGAUCUCGAUGAUGACGUCCAUAGCGAAAACCGAAGGCAUAGCUGCAUUGUGGAAGGGUUUCUGGCCAACGUACUGCAGAAUAGGCCCCCACACAGUUCUAACGCUUAUAAUCAACGAGCAAAUUGUACACCUAUACAGGCGGUACGCAGAAUAAU